CUGAACUGACCAAGUCUGUAGUAACUGGGUCACCUGCCAGAGUUUUUUCUUUCUGUGAUGUAGGUCAUGGGAAUAUUUGCAGAAGCAAAAGUGCUGUAAUUGCAUAGCUGGACCAGUCUUUAUGUUGACAUUGAAGCUUAAAGAUGCAUAUUCAGGAGGCAGAAACAAUAUCAUGUGUAAUUAAGAUGCAUAAAAGGAAUAUGAAUUCUAGUUUUUAAGAAUCCAGCAGUUAAAUGACGUGGAUUUUUGAAGUAACAUUGUUGUUAUUUUUAGGUUUACUUCCUAAUGGGCUUUUUGUACCCCAAGAGCACAGACAUUGCCCACUGUUGGGGAAAGUGAAUUAGUAGCAGCAGCAUCUUGUUCAGCUGAAUAUUAAGGCUCUAACACUGAGGAAAAGAAAGCUGGAAUUAAAGAAACAACUCAGGAAAGCUGGAAUUAAAGUUUUUUCUUGCAGCAGGAGCUUUCUCCUGGGACCUGUAGUUUCACUUGGUGGGCCAGGUAAGAUUGAAAGACUUGGGGCAGUAAAAGUAUCUGGAUGUGAAUCAGGUCUCAGUACCAAUCUCAGAAUUGCAACAGUCUCUCUGCAGGCUGUUUAGAGGUGGGUGUGGACCAUAAUGAAUACUAAUGAAGUGUAGUAGCUCCUUGUACUUGAAGCAAAUGUCUCUGCCAGUACCAUGGACGAGUCUCCUGGAAUCAGCCACGUACAGAAUUCACUCCUUACUGGACUGUGCAGCAUCUGUUCCCUUGGGAACAGAUUUGGGGUCUCUUACUGAACUAUGAGUCUCCACUGUCUCAAAAGCUUUGAGAUACUCUUAAAUCUGGAUUGGUUUACUCAUUUGAUUUUGCCUUUUACAGGGUAAGGGAAAAGGUGGUAAGGAAAACUGAAAUAGCUGAAAAAACUGAAUUAUCUCUAAAAAGUCACAAAUUUCUUUAGACCUCUAAAUUCGGCUUCUCUCAUGAUUUUUUUUAAAACAAAUGGUUAUGUAGAUUGACAGAAAUACUUUGCAAAUUCAAGUGGCAACUUUGCUCUCCAUUUAAUUUCUGUUAUGGAAAUGGUUGUUUAUGCAGGUUUCCUUUUAAUGGCAACUCCUGGAAAAGGCACAGUCAGCUGUCUCUGGCUACUUUUGGAGACGAGAGCUCAGGAUGCCACACAGAGACCGGCCCUCUGCUUUGCACACGAAAAUCUUCACCCUCUUGUUCUGGAAGAGGCAGGAAACCACAAGAGUGUGAGGAGCAGUGGGGGGCAGACACAGUGAGGUUUGCUUUCAGUGGGAACUCCUGGAAAAGGCACAGUCAGCUGUCUUUGGCUACAUUUGGAGAUGAGAGCUCAGGAUACCAUACAGUGGCCCUGAGCCCUACAUUGAAAUAUUUGAGCAACCCAGGCAAAGGGGAAUGCGCUUCAGGUACAAGUGUGAGGGAAGAUCUGCAGGCAGCAUUCCAGGAGAACACAGUACUGAAAACAAUAAGACAUUCCCUUCCAUCCAGAUUCUGAACUAUUUCGGAAAAGUCAAAAUAAGAACCACAUUGGUGACAAAGAAUGAGCCCUACAAGCCACACCCUCAUGAUCUGGUUGGCAAAGACUGCAGAGAUGGCUACUACGAAGCCGAGUUCGGGCCAGAGCGGCGAGUCCUGUCUUUUCAGAACUUGGGCAUUCAGUGUGUGAAGAAGAAAGACCUGAAGGAAUCGAUUUCUUUACGAAUCUCCAAGAAAAUUAACCCUUUCAAUGUGCCUGAGGAGCAGCUGCACAACAUCGACGAGUACGAUCUCAACGUCGUCCGCCUCUGCUUCCAAGCUUUCCUCCCAGAUGAGCAUGGCAACUACACCAUAGCCCUUCCUCCUUUGAUCUCCAACCCCAUCUAUGACAAUAGAGCUCCCAACACCGCAGAGCUGAGAAUUUGCCGCGUGAACAAGAACUGUGGGAGCGUAAAGGGAGGAGACGAAAUAUUUCUGCUGUGUGACAAAGUUCAGAAAGAUGAUAUAGAGGUCAGAUUUGUCCUGGACAACUGGGAGGCCAAGGGUUCCUUCUCCCAGGCCGACGUUCACCGCCAGGUCGCGAUCGUGUUCCGGACGCCCCCGUUCCUCAAGGACAUCACCGAGCCCGUCACGGUGAAGAUGCAGCUCCGGAGACCUUCCGACCAGGAAGUCAGUGAGCCUAUGGAUUUCAGAUACCUACCAGAUGAGAAGGAUCCAUAUGGCAACAAGGCAAAAAGGCAAAGAUCAACGUUGGCUUUGCAAAAGCUCAUGCAGGACUGUGGAUCAAACACAACAGAGAGGCCCAAAGUAACUCCAUUCCCCGUUGUCACUCCUGAAGGAAAGAUGAUUAAAAAAGAACCAAACCUGUUUUCAUCCUCGCUGAUGAUUCCCGGGUUGGGAUCCCUGGCCAGCGCUGGUCAGAUGUACCCUGGCUGCAGCCAGCUGGCCCCGGUGGGCCCAGGGAAGCAGGACGGGCUGUCCUCGUGCUGGCUGCACAGCUCCUCUGCCAGCGGCCUGCUGGGCACACACCCACCCAACAGCUUCUCCGCGGACGCGCCUCAGCCGGCUCACGGCAGCGGCUCCCUCCCGACCUUCCACGACCCUGUGAACUGGCCCGACGAGAAGGAUUCGGGCUUUUACCGGAAUUACAGCAGCACCAACGGGCUGGGAGUUGCGGCGGCGUCGAACGUCGACCUGCCGAGCGUUCCCGGCGGCGGCGCCGUGCACGCGGCUCAUCCCGGCGGCGCCGCCUCCGGCAUCGUCAGCAUGGACACCGACGACAUGAACUGCACCAGCAUCAACUUCGACAAGUUCAACGUGGUGCUGAACUCAGGCGCUCCCAGGCAGCAGCUGCAGCUGGGCCCGCCCGGGGCCGGCGCCGCGGGAUUCGCUUCCCAGCCCGGCUUGGCCGACCCCGUGUACGACUUCAUAGGCCCGGAGGUUCUGGGCGAGCCGAGACUCUCCACCGCCCACCAGGGCGGCCUGGCAGACGCCCAGUUCUACGACGGCGACAGCGAGCUCUACCAGUCCUUCCCCUUCGAUAACAUCCUACAAAGCUACAACCCCUGAGGGGCGGAGCUGCCCAAAGGUGCCGCCGCCGCGUGGAGAGGAGUCGUUCACCCUUCUGGAGUCCCCGCUUUCUCCCUCAGAAUGUCGCUGUGCAAGUUUGACGAUGGAACUUAAGGUUAUUUAAGUUACCAUAAGAGUUAAGUUAUUUAAGCCCAUAGUGGUGCCCGUCAAGAAGGGGGAGGUGGGGGUAGGGUUUGGGGUCCUGUACCUUAAAAGUACCUUGUAGGUGUAUUUUGGCGCUGUUGGUAAAGGGAAAUGGUAACACUUAAAGCUUCCUUGCCUUUGGGGACUGUAAAAGCUGGUGUCUUCAGAAGGGUUAAAAUUUCAAAUACUUCACAGGGUUAAAGUUCUUUCAAAGCAGCCAUUUUUUGCUAUAGCAAUUCAAUUUUUGAUAGGACAGAAAUUAGGAAAACAAACCUGCACAUGAGCACUCUAGUUCAGUCUCAUCUACAGAUAUUAAAAGUUCAACUCAGCCUACUUGAAAGGUUUAGGUUUCACACCCCCUUUCUAUAAAUACUGUUCUUCUAAAAUGAGUACAUGUAUUGAUUUUCCACACUCCAUUUGCUUUGAAGGCAAAUUGACUGGUGAAAUUUUUUUUUUAAUGACUAUGUCAUUGUUAGAUGUAUUUAAAAAGACCGGAAGGUUUGAAUUUUUAAAUAGUCCAGCUCUGUUGUAAAGGAAAUCACUGCACAGGAGAAGGAACAGAAAGUCUGCACUUCAUCCAGAGUGCACUUGUUUUACAAGCCAAGCCCUGUUGCUUUAGGGAUGAAGCUGUCAUUGCUCUGCAGUUGUUGUGUGUGAGUGUAGCUGUGAUGUGUGUGUGGCGUUUUGCACGGCGGGAAUCUCUCGAGCCGAAGUAUCUACUUGCUUUUUUUCCUCAGGUAUCCCAGCAGUUUCCUGCUAUGCAAGUGACUGCUCAAAGGAAGGCUCAGAUCCUGCCCCCCCCCCAGCACCACCCCCUCCCAGGAGGGCAAAGCCAGGGGCAGCCCUUGGGCAGCCUCAUCUCCUAUUAAUGACUUUUAAAGCCAUUUCAGUCAGUACCAAUUAAAAACACUCCUCUCUCCUCUGGAUCAGGAACCAGAACUUCCUCCCUCCCACUUGAUUCCCAGUCUCCCCUCUUAGCCUGAGCCAGGAGCUGUUCCAUGACACCAGCUGGGGGUGACUGGCUGGGUAAGACACUCUGGGCCUUGGCUACUUUAUUAUACUGUUAUUUUUUAAAGAAGCAACACAGCAAGAAAUGUCUGAGUAUUUCUUAGGUGAUACAUCUGCUCUGUAGGGCAGAUAAGGCUUGAGGGUCUGAAUUGUUACCAUUUGGUGACAUAAAACCAGACCAUGAAAGCAGCAAUAAAAAAAGCACACUUGGAUAUAAAAAAACCCAAAACAAAACAAAAAAAUCAAAAAACCACCCCCAAAUCUAAAAAAAACCACUUGAGACAUAGAGAUGGAUACAAGGAAGGAGCUCCAGAACCCCUCUGUGGUUUAUGGGAUUCCCUCCCUGCAUUCCCUUGUGUUGGGAGCACUCUGGUGCUGCUGCUGGAAUCCAUCCCCCCCCCUUGCACAGGUGACAGUCACACUGUAGGAUGUGUGAAGUUUGGGAAACUGCUUCCCCAAACUCCAGGUGCACAAAGCCAUGAAUUGACUCUCCCUGUUUUAAAGCAGUUUUCCCUCACAGCUCCUCUGCAGUCUUGAGCAAUAGGAAGACCAAAGAAAUACACAGAAAGUUUGAAAUGUGUUGUUUAUUCAGUUCUGUUUUUUUUUUUUUUUGAAGUUCUCAGUUUUAAGUAUAUUAAAUGUAAACAUUUUACUCACUUCAUAGAAAGCUCUUUAUAGUACAAUUUGUUUUUACUGUAUAAUUAAAUAUUUUCAAAGUUCUGUUUUCCUUUGUAAA